UGUUGAUAGCCCUCCUUUGACACUUUCUUUUGCUGUGCCUCAGUUUUGCCUCGUGAUUCAGUACCGAACCUAAAACUUCACAUUGACUCAAAUUAGGGACAACUGAGAAUCAAUGAAGACGUUUCGUAUUCUUCUCUCUGAUUGAAAGCUGAUCCAAAGAUUUGACCACAGGCCACUUUAGAUCUCAGGUUACAAAGUACGUGAAGCGGGUUUGACGAAGGUAGUCUUUUGCCUGUUUUAGCGUGUACAGUGUGGUAUAAUCACACAGGCAUCAGUGUAAAGUUUGGAAAUCCAAAGCUUGUUUUGGCAGUGUUUGCACCAGACAGCCGGAGCAUCAACAGUCAUACAAAAGCUUUCUGAAAGAUGAAGUACAAACAGCUAUUCUCACUCACUUGCCUGCUCUUUGUGAUUUGCUGCUGUCAUGGUGGAAAUGUCCUGGUGUGGCCUGAGGAUUGUAGCCACUGGGUGAACAUGAAAGUCAUUUUGAGGAAACUCCACAGCCACAGUCAUAGCCUUACCGUGGUGCGUUCGUCUAAAAGUUGGUAUAUCCAAGAGAAUUCUUCCCUCUACAGCACCAUCAUUGUCAACCCAAUGGAGACCGAAGAUGUGGGCGCGGACUACUUCAAGAUGUUGAUACAGAGGUCACUGGAGCUACAAAGGAUGUCGCCUUUCUUCCGUUUCUUGGAACAGCAGAAAGAUAUCGCCAGUGUGCUAAAGGUAUUUCACAAUGGAGCACUUCAAAUGAUUUCUGCCAUUUUGGACGAUGCAGCGCUUGUCAAACGCUUGCGAGAAGCUAAGUUUGACCUGCUGCUAACAGAUCCUGCGUUCCCAGCCGGUGUCCUGUUAGCCAAAUUCCUCCACCUCCCCAUGGUUUACAAUGUACGUUGGCUGAAUGCAGGGGAUGCUCACAUGCAAAUUGCACCCUCACCGCCGUCCUAUGUCCCAAUGUACAAUUCAUUGCUCCAUGACCAAAUGAACUUCCUACAGCGUACAGAAAAUUUCCUACGGUAUCUGUUUAGCCUUUUCCAGGAGCGAUGCAUCAUCGUGCCUAUUUACAGUGAACUGCUUGAGCGCCAUUUCCCGCCCGGCACUGAUCUUUUGUCAAUGCAGCAAUCAGCUGACAUUUGGUUGAUGAGAAUGGACUUUGUUUUUGAGUUUCCACGGCCCUCCAUGCCUAACGUGGUCUACAUGGGUGGCUUUCAAUGUCAGCCGGCUCAAGCACUUCCUGCAGAGCUGGAAGAGUUUAUGCAGAGCUCCGGGGAGCAUGGAGUUGUCAUCAUGUCCUUGGGAACAGUAGUCGGCGCUCUUCCUACAGCGAUCACAGAGGCCAUUGCUACAGCCUUUGCUGAGAUCCCUCAGAAAGUCUUGUGGCGGUACCACGGGGAACGACCCUCAACUCUGGGAAACAACACUUUACUUCUAAAGUGGUUUCCUCAGAAUGAUCUACUGGGCCAUCCAAAGAUGCGUGCGUUUGUAUCUCAUGGGGGCACCAAUGGUAUGUACGAAGCGGUUUACCAUGGAGUCCCCGUCUUAGCUUUGCCGCUCCUCUUUGACCAGUUUGACAAUGUUCUGCGACUGCAGGUUCGAGGUGCGGCUCGAGUUCUUCAAGUCGCAACACUUACAUCACAAGAAUUUCUCGAAGCCCUCAAAGAUGUCCUCGAGAACCCGCUGUACCGAAGCAGUGUCCGCAAACUGUCAGAGCUGCACCGCGAUCAACCCUUGACUCCUCUUGAAAGUGCCACUUUUUGGAUUGAGUACGUUAUUAGACACAAAGGAGCAGCUCACCUUCGCCCAGAGGGGAAUAACUUGCCUUGGUACUCUUAUCAUAGUCUAGAUGUGUUGGCUUUUCUACUGACGUUCACUGUGAUUGCUCUUUUGACCUCAGUAUAUGUCUGCAAGCUUUUGUGUUGCAGGAAGUCAAUCAAAAAGAGGAAGGUGGAAUGAAUUGAGCUUGAACAUUUGAUAUGUACUUUUUGAAAAGCUGAUGAAACACUGAAUUAAAUGCAGCAGCCAAAUAUUCAAUUUUUUUUAUCAUA